AAAACCAACCACCUGAAAGACUGGACCGAUCUGAUCAACCUUGUCUGUUUUCUGAUGCUCCCCAGGGACGCAUCGAAGACCGUAUCCGACAGCUGGAAGCAGUCACCGCUAGGCAGCGUCACCGCUGGAGGCAAGCCCUUGUUUCCCCUCAACUUAUGAACAUCACUCCACCACCUUCUCAACAACACAUUCACACUGCGGUUCCUGAUGAUGCCGCCACAGAAAGAGAGACUGCAAAAACCAACAUACGUGAGAGUACUCAUUUGAUAGCUAAGGCACUCGCAAUGGAUACAAAUCCUAAGAGGGUAGAGCCUCGUAUUGGGAACUUCUUCGACUGUCAUAUAUGCUUUGACUUGGCCACAGAUCCUAUAUUGACAUGCUGCGGUCAUUUGUUUUGUUGGCCUUGCUUCUAUGACUUGUCUUAUGCCGAUUCAAAUGCAAAGGAAUGUCCUGUCUGCAAAGGCGAAGUUACUGAUGCAAGUAUUAUUCCAGUUUACGGACAUGGUGAUGGUAACACUUCUCAAAACUCAAAGGAAUCUGUUUCCCUGGCCCCUCCUAGGCCCCGUGCAGCCAGGAUUGAGGGUGUGAGGCAGCAGCUUAUUAGGCGAGGGCCAUCUUCUGUAAUUGAACACAGGAUUCAGCUACUUAGCAACUUAAUGGGGGAGAGAAGACAGACACAGGAUCUUUUUGGUUCACAUAUCAAUGCAAUAGUUGAUAGAACUAGUAUCUUGCCUAGCCGGUCUACAUCACCUGCCACAGAAACAUCAAGCACCCAGCACCAUGAUUCACUUCAAAUUUCAAGAUUAUUGAUGCAAAGAGCUGAUUCAGUUUCUUCACUUUCAUCAGCACUGAAUACUGCAAUGGAUUCUGCAGAAAGAUUAGUGGAGGAUCUCGAGGCAUAUAGUAAUGAUCCCCGCAUGAGAAGAAACCGCCAGCAUUCUCCAAGUAAUGAUAAUGGAGUUACAUCUUCAAAUAUUGCUACAAUUAUACAACCAGAAAACCCGACAUCUGAUACGGCCACCGAAAUCAAUUCGGAUGUGCUUCCAGCUGCUUCCGUUUUAAGGAAUUUUCCUGCCAGUGCGGGCUUGGAGGACCAGACAGUGAAUUCAGAAAUAAAUUCAACAGUCCGAUCUUCAUCUUCCAGGAGAAGAAGGUUCCAGAGAGGCUCUGGUGUGAUUAUUAGUCAGCAUUCAUCUGAACCUAGAAGGAGAAGGUUGAGAUGAAGCAAUGAUCCAUCUCAACAGAAGGUUCCUUCUGUUUCCUGGAAGUCACUGCUGUUAUAUGCAAGUUCGAAUACAUGUUGUAAAAAGGAUACUCCAAUGUGAUCUUGUAUGGCAUAUCUGGGCUAUUAAUAGGGGCAGAGUAAUCUCUUCCUUCUUUCCAUUCCAAGAAAUGAAGCUGUGUAAUGGAUCUUUAUGCCAGACAACAGGUCGUAUAGGUAAAGCUUUAUCUUCUAGUUCUGAUGUCUUUGUAUUUUUAAUCUUGGUAUAUAGUGGCAAGUUUGUGAGCUAUUUAUUCUUUCAUCAGAUACUUUCUUAUCAUCACAAGUCCAAUGUUAUAGACUGGGCGAAUCGUUACCCUUACCGACUUCACUCUAUAAUCUUGAGGUUACUCACUCCUGGUCCAUGUUUUUAGGGAUGAUUUUGAAGCAGUGUAUCUCUAAGAUCAUUUUGUGCUGCAUAUACAAAUUGCCUCCCGACCCUCUAGAUCAUUUUGA